AUGACGACAACGCCUCCGACAAAGCGAGAAAGCUCGCCAGUCUCCCCCCUUCGGGCCUCCUUUGCCAACCUCAACGCAGAUGAUCAUUCUUCCGCUACUGCCGCCAUAAGAGCUGCUGCCGGUCAUACAAGACACGAAUCUCUCGAAAAAUAUACCAGACGAGAUUCUACCGCCAGCGAGAAUAGAAAUGAUGAGAGCUAUAGAGACCGUAGCAGUGUCAGCAGCCAGGGAGGGUCCGGAGCCAAGAAGAAUUCUGUUGUCAUCAAAGUCGGAAUGGUUGGAGACGCACAGAUCGGAAAGACCUCGUUAAUGGUCAAAUACGUCGAAGGAAGUUUCGAUGAGGAUUACAUCCAGACAUUAGGCGUUAAUUUCAUGGAAAAGACGAUAUCAAUACGGAAUACCGAAAUUACAUUCUCGAUUUGGGACUUGGGUGGCCAGCGUGAAUUCGUGAACAUGCUGCCGUUGGUGUGUAAUGACGCCGUGGCUAUCCUGUUCAUGUUCGACCUCACCCGGAAGAGCACACUGAACAGCAUCAAGGAAUGGUAUAGACAGGGACGAGGUCUCAAUAAGACCGCUAUCCCCUUCCUCAUCGGCACGAAAUAUGAUCACUUCGUCAAUCUCUCCAAAGAAGACCAGGAAGAAAUAUCCAAGCAAGCGAAACGUUUCGCCCGCGCAAUGAAAGCCUCCCUAAUCUUCAGCUCGACAUCGCAUAGCAUCAAUGUCCAAAAGAUUUUCAAGAUUGUAUUAUCGAAGGCCUUCGACCUAAAAUGCACGAUACCCGAGAUCGAAAAUGUCGGCGACCCGUUGCUGAUCUACCAAGACGUCGAAGCCGGCAACCGGUGA